AUGGACACUCACGCCUUUGCUCGAGCGGUCUCUCAAGGGCUGGGAUGGGCAUAUUUCCUGCUCUGGUCCUUUUCUUUCUAUCCACAGCUAAUCCACAACUGCCGCAGACGGUCAACCGCCGGCUUCUCUUUCGACUUCACGCUUCUGAAUAUACUAGGACUCGCAGCAUAUACUGUCUUUAACGGCAGCCUGCUUUUCUCUUUGGUGGUACGAUCCCAGUAUGCCAAACGACACCCACAAAGCCCAGAGCCAACGGUCCGACUAAAUGACUUCGUAUACGCAAUGCAUGGAACUAUAAUCUGUCUUCUAUUAUACAGUCAGUUCAAAUGGGCUGCUAUCUGGAGAUUUAAGCCCAUAGAUCCUCCUCCGGUAGCAAACAGGCCCACCAUUUUUAUGUUAUGGGGCUGUAUUGGAAUUGUUGCAUUAGACGUCGCUGGAGUGACCUUCUUUCCAACAUGGACUCAGCGUGAAUGGCUCGAUAUAGUCAAUACAAUUGGAAACAUCAAAGUCUUUCUGACUGCAAUAAAAUACACUCCACAAGUCGUGAUGAAUUGGUACUGUCAGUCUACCGAGGGCUUCAGCAUAAUUGCCAUCUUGCUUGAUUUAACUGGAGCUCUGCUUUCAGUGAUGCAGUUGGUUCUCGACUCAUCCUUGCAAGCGGACUGGUCUGGGGCAAUAGGUAAUCUAUCUAAGCUCCUGCUAGGAAACAUUACUCUGUUAUUUGAUGUAAUAUUUAUGAUCCAGCACUAUUGUCUAUAUCGAAAGCAAAGUCUGAAAGUGACAAGACACAAAGUGGUAGCCGAUGAAGAAGAGCCUUUGAUAAGCCCUGGAAUUGCGUGA